GGCGGUGCCGGCCUCUGCUCCGGAACCACUCGGCGGUGGGGCAGCAUGUCUGCCUCCUCUUCCAAAAGGAAGAGCAAGGGGCGCCUGGCCGCGGGUGGCGGCUCCCCGCGGGAUGCUCCCCUCGGAGCUGCUGAGGGUGGGCCGCUGGCGCUGCGCGUCGCCGACGCCGUGGAGGCAGGAGACGACAAAGUCCCGAAAAUGCUGCGCAGAACCCUGGCGCAGCUGUCGCUGAGCAGCAUGAAGUCUGCGGAGCUCUGCAUAGGGCGGCCGGCCCUGCUCACCUCAGCUGAUGGGCGACAGGAGGUCUGUACUGCGUGGCCCACUGCAGGCUUUCCAGGUGGGAAAAUCGGGCUGAAUGAAACCACACAGAAGAACCUGAAAGUAAAUCCAGGUGAUGGUGUCACUGUGCAGCCUGUGACUGGUGCAGUCAUCCAGGCAGAGGAAGUCGAUGUAAAGUUGAGGGACAAAGAUGCUACCGUUAAUGCCGAGGAAAUGUCUGUGUGUCUGCUGAGAAACCUUGAUGGGAAAAUAGUUCUACCAGGAAACCUCUUGGCUUUCACUUUCUAUGGCAAACUGUGCAACAUUGUGGUGAUGAGAGUGAAAGGAACCAAUGGUGCAGAGCUGAGUGCCCAGGGCAGCGCCAUUCCCAGUGACCCAGACCCUGAGAGAUCUGAUUUGGAGACAAGUGCCUUAGAUUUGUCCCUACAGCUCGGCAGGAUGGACAUUGGUGAUAGUCCAGGGGUUGCAUCUUUGAGCACACCAAGCAAACCAAUGGAUCCAGGCUCACCAGUUACACCCAGUUCUGUGACAGCCAGUGGUCCAGACUCUGGUCAGGGAGAGAAAACCUACAGCAAAGGAGAUGGUGCAGACCUUGCCGAGGAUUUGGAGCUGCCUGGGAAAAGCAGCAGUGAGGGACUCCCAAUAACGGGCAAAACUGGAGCAAUUAGCAAUACAGACUCUUUUUAUUUCAUUUCUUCAAGAACUAGGAUCAAUUUUAUAGAACCCAGGACCAGUGUAGCAGAAGAUGGCGAUUGUGAGUCCCGAGUCACCUAUGACAUGAUAGGAGGUUUGAGCAACCAGCUCAGAACUAUUAGAGAAACAGUUGAACUGCCCUUGAAGCAACCUGAGCUGUUCAAGAGUUACGGAAUCCCUCCUCCUCGAGGAGUGCUGUUAUAUGGCCCUCCAGGUACCGGGAAGACUCUGAUUGCCAAAGCCAUCGCAAAUGAGGUUGGCGCUCACGUUACUGUUAUUAAUGGGCCUGAAAUAAUAAGCAAGUUUUAUGGGGAGUCUGAAUCGAGGUUACGUCAGAUCUUCGCUGAAGCCUCUCUGUGUCGCCCCUCAAUUAUAUUUAUAGAUGAGCUGGAUGCACUCUGUCCAAAGAGAGAAGGGGCUCAGAAUGAAGUGGAAAAGAGAGUUGUUGCUUCAUUGCUGACGUUAAUGGAUGGCAUUGGCUCAGAAGGCAGUGAAGGGCAGCUCUUGGUGCUUGGGGCCACCAAUCGCCCCCAUGCUCUGGAUGCAGCUCUGCGCAGACCUGGGCGUUUCGACAAAGAGAUAGAAAUCGGAAUUCCCAAUGCCCAGGACCGCCUGGACAUACUCCAGAAGCUUCUCAGGAAGGUUCCCCAUUCGCUCACAGAGGCGGAGUUGGUGCAGCUGGCUGAUAAUGCACAUGGUUAUGUGGGUGCAGACUUAGCAGCCUUGUGCAAGGAGGCAGGUUUGCACGCCUUGCGGAGAGCGCUGGGGAAGAGCCCUAACCUGUUAGACACCGAGGUGGCUGGGUCAGUGAUGAUUGCUUUCAAUGACUUCCUGCAGGGGAUGAAUGAUGUCAGGCCCAGUGCCAUGAGGGAGGUGGCAAUUGACGUGCCAAAAGUCUCUUGGUCAGACAUAGGAGGACUAGAAGAUGUGAAGCUGAAAUUGAAGCAGGCAGUUGAGUGGCCUCUCAAACAUCCCGAGUCCUUCAUCCGCAUGGGGAUCCAGCCUCCGAAAGGUGUGCUUCUUUACGGACCUCCUGGAUGCUCAAAAACCAUGAUAGCAAAAGCUUUGGCCCAUGAAAGUGGUCUCAACUUCUUGGCAGUGAAGGGGCCUGAGUUGAUGAAUAAAUAUGUUGGUGAGUCUGAACGAGCAGUGAGAGAGAUCUUCAGGAAAGCCAGAGCGGUGUCUCCUUCAAUUCUUUUCUUUGAUGAGAUAGAUGCCUUGGCAGUGGAAAGGGGAAACUCCUCAGGUGCUGGCAGUGUAGCAGACCGUGUCUUGGCUCAGUUGCUGACGGAAAUGGACGGGAUAGAACAGCUGAAGGACGUGACAAUUUUGGCAGCUACAAACAGACCGGACAUGAUAGACAAGGCCUUGCUGAGACCAGGACGAAUAGACAGAAUUAUCUACGUGCCGUUGCCAGAUGCAGCCACUCGCAGGGAGAUCUUCAAACUUCAUUUUCAGUCCAUGCCAGUGAGCCAUGAAGUCUGCUUAGCUGAGCUCGUUGAGCACACACAGAAGUACUCAGGAGCAGAGAUAACAGCAGUCUGUAGAGAAGCAGCCCUUCUGGCUCUCCAGGAAGACAUCCAUGCCCAAUCCAUCAUGGGACGGCACUUUCGCUGCGCACUGACUGUCGUGACCCCGAGGAUUCCCGACUCGUUAAUCCAGUUCUAUGCAGAUUAUCAGCAGCAGAGCGGACUGCACACGCUUUGAGAGGCAAAUUAAUACACACACAAAUUCACACGCAGUGUGAAUAGCAAAUUUCCUUUGUAAAGCUGUCAGAAGCCGAAGAAUUAUGUAUUGUGAGUGGAGUAUCUAAAGUUAAUUAAACGCAGAAUUGUUGUAA